AUUGUUAGAUUAAUAUUUCAGAGUCUGAGUUGAGCCUAACAUAUUAAGAAUUGAGAUAGGCUUCCUAAGACUUCAUAGACUGAAAUAACCCUGGCAGGAAAGGUGUCGUUAAUAUUAGUAUAUGUGUAGGGUCCGUUACGUUGGCUGAAUGUUGUUAAAUUAAAUAAUUUAAAAGGUGAAUUAAUCAUUAGCAUUAGCCAUACCAAGCUAACACUGAGCAACUACAGGAGAAAAGAUGGCAGCCGGGAAGAUGUGCAUCAGGAACAAGGAGGAGACUGCUGAGUGGACAGGAUUAUUCCUGAGUGACUUGAAAACCGAGCAAAAAUCCCUGGUCUUCGUCAAGAGGAUGGUGGCUGUGGCAAUCUCCUCCAUCACCUACCUCAGAGGGAUUUUUCCAGAGGAUGCCUACAGAUCCAGAUAUCUGGAAGAUUUGUGCAUCAAAGUUUUGCGAGAAGACUGCAACAACUCUGGUGCCAGUAAAGUUGUGAAAUGGAUGAUGGGCUGCUUUGAUGCAUUAGAGAAGCAGUAUCUGGAGAUUGUGUUCAUCGGGGUGUACACCAAUCCAGAUGAACCUAAUUGCAUUAUUGAGUCAUACCAGUUCAAUUUCAAAUACACUGAGAAGGGGCCAAAGAUGGACAUAAUCAGGAACAACGAUGUGGAGAUGCAGGUGACAUUGGAGGACACAAAGAGAGCCUCCGUACUGCUCAUCAGGAAGCUCUUCCUGCUCAUGCAGAACCUGGAUGCCCUCCCCAACAACGUCUACCUCAACAUGAAGCUCUACUAUUAUGAUGACAUCACCCCUGCUGACUACCAACCACCAGGCUUCAAAGAGGGCGAAUGUGACAGCCUCUGGUUUGAAGGCAUGGCUGUGCACUUCACGGUGGGUAAGGUGCAUACUGGCUUCCACACCUUAAGAGUGCGCGUGUCAGCGGAUCAAAGCCGGCUGGAGAAGCUUCAAGAAGGGAACCACCUGAGGGAGACCAAGCAGGUUUCUCAGAGAAAUCCUCCAGAGAGGGAAACGAUCAAGGAUCCUUGUAAGAAUACGCACGACCAAGAGGAUCUACCUUCUGAAGACGAGUCUGCACAGUUCAAGAAACCCACAAGACCUUUGGCAAAGAGAAAUGCAGCCACCAAAAAUCUGGCGAGGAAGAGGAGAAGAAGAAUUUAACCACAACGUUUACACAAAAGCUCUGUCAGCAACG